AUGCCGCCCGCUACCCUUUCGUGCCAGCCCGCGGCGGGUCUCCCUUCCCCUCACCCGCCUGCGCAUCCUCUAUCCCGCCCGUCGUCCCCUCCCCCCGUGCCCACCCUUCCGCCUCCGCCUCCGCGCACCACGCGCCCAUUCGUGCUGCAGCGCCCGCGCACGCCGGACGCGACAUGGGGGGGCGUGCGCACGGCACAGUUCGGGGAAGCGGGGAGUCUGGGUUACCGCAUGAUGUUCGCGGACGGUGCGGGGAGGCUGCUGUCGCCGUGGCACCACAUUCCGCUGUACGCGGCGUGCGACACGCUGGUGCAUUUCGUGUGCACGACACCCGUGGCGACGUGGGCGAAGAUGGAGAUCGCGCGCGACGAGGACUACACGCCUCUGCGAUUCGCAGCGUCAGAGAUGCAGGUGCAGCUGCUGCAGGGUAGUAACGACAACGCAUGCGACAACGGCGACGGAAAAAACCGCGACGGCGAAGUCGACGGUGACGACGAAUUCGCCGCGCCGCUCUCCGGCAGUCCAUCCGCCACUGUAGCACGGGACGCGCGUAAGCGCGCAGCAUGCGAGGCGGUAGCACUAGUACCAGCGCAUUACGCGGGGAACGUGCUGUGGAACCACGGCGUGUUGCCGCAGACAGUCGACGAGUCUACACUGUUCCGUGCGCCACCCUCCGACACCCGCUCCGCCUCCGCUUCCGCUUCCGCUUCCGCCUGUCCCGCACCCGUCAAUCGUUCCGCCGGACGCCCCCCUGCUUCAGGAACCUCUGCGUCCCGCGAUCCUAGCGUCUCCGGCGGCGCCGGCUACGGAGGAGGAAGCGGAGAAGGAGGGCAGAGAAGUGAUCGAACUAGUUGCAACAAGCAGCGGCAGUCCGCAGCGGGAGGGGACGGGGGUAAGCGCUCGGGAAAGAGCGGGUGGGGUUUCAGAGGCGGUACCGGGUUGGGGAAGGCGAAGGGACGAGCCGCCGAGAGUGUGGAAGAUGACGUGGCAGCAGCGGAUGAUUGGUCGUGUGAAUUACCUGACUCGCGGCUCGGUUGGCAGAGACAACAGGAUUUGGAGCUAUCCUUGCUCGAGCGGUUCGAGAUGGAGCGAUUCGCUACAAGCAGGUCAGACGACCACGGACCCAACGGUCCUGACUCGCUAUCAGCUGCUCCGAUUGAGGUCAUAGAAAUCGGGCAGCAGCCGGCGCGGGUUGGGCAGGUAUACGCGGUGAAGCCGCUCGGCGCAAUUCCGUUAGUGAUUAACGAUAGGCUGACGUGGAAGCUGAUAGCCGUUUCGGGAGACGAUCCGUUAGCGUCGAAGCUAGAAAGCAUCGAAGACCUUCCGGCGGUCCUGCCGGGGACACUGGAAAUGCUGCAGGAGUGGCUUUUGGUGCGGGAUGACAGUUCCGCGGAUCAAGGCGAAGCAGCGGAUUCGUGUUCGGCCGAUCGCGAAGGUCACGAUCAUUUCUGUGCGAUAAAAGAAGAUCAAAGGGAUCGACGAAGCCAUGCGGGCGAUUCCUCUCCCCAACCUUCUUCCCGUCCGUCACCUCGCGCUCGCGCUCGCCCUUCGUUCCGGACAGUUCUCCGACCGUCGCCGCGUCCUCGGCUCCCCGCGCAAGCCGUGUGCGGAUCCGCGCAUGCGCUUGCGCUGGCGGCGCAGGCGCACGCGUCGUGGCAGCUUUACUUUCACCUCAACGCGCACCCCGAACCAUGGCUGCCCGAAUGCGAAAUUUUCCACUCGGGCAUCCUUGAACGAAUCUGGGCCAAGUACACGCAGGCGGGGCCGCGGGGGGCCUCCGCGGAAACAAUUGCCGCGGCAGCAAUAGCAGCAGCAGAAGCAUGCGAAGGAGGAGGCGGGGAGUCGAAUCAGCAGGCGAAGGGGGGAAAUGCGCGAAGUAAAGAAAGAGAGGAUGAGUUGCGGAGCGGGAUUGCGCAAUUGCUCCGCGUGUCGCGUUGCGCGCCAGAAGGUCACAAAUUCCAGUUGGUUGUGGAGCUGGCGGGGCAGGAGAAGCGGCAUGAAGGCGAGGAACAACAUGGUUGA